GUGAACAACAUCCACGGACCUCUGGAUUCUCUGCUGAUUACCGGAUUUGUAAAUAUUUUAAUCAUGAAGCACGGAUUUAGUGGACUGCCACUUAUUCGCUUUCUAAUAGCAUUUCCUCUCAUCAGUGGAUCACCUUUUCAAUACAGCCUAUUCCAGGGAGAUGCAUACUCUGGCACCGAGGCGCGACAGAGAAAUAAAAAUUGGUGCGCAUACGUUGUGUACAAGCAAGUGAGCUGUGCCGUCGUGGGAGGCACGGAGAGUUUCGUGCAGCCGGAGGUUUUGCCAUGUCCACCGGACAUGCCAAACUGUCCUCAGCAAGUAAUAUAUCGCACACACUUUAAGCCCAUGUACAAGAUUGCCUAUAAGACUGUAACAGAGCUGGAGUGGAGGUGCUGCCCAGGAUACCAGGGCCACGACUGCAUGGAGGUGAAAGACCUAAGGCUACUUCAAGCAGAGCAUUUACAUCAUGCUCCCUCUGCACAUAUUCCAGUCCCACAAGCUCCAGCACAUCAAACAGAAGGCCAGAGGAACUACCACUGGGGAAUGGGGGGACAGUUUGGAGGUCAAACAGGUCAUGUUGGAUCUCCAGGUGGACAACACCUGGAGCAGGAGGUGCAGACACUGUCCCAGAUGGUCCUGGACAUGCAGGCAAGAAUAACAGACAUGUCCUCCAAUCUGAGACUGGAUUUCCAGGAGGAUGCCAGUAAAAUGUUGGUUACGCUGCUAAAUAAUCUCAGACAGCCUGCCAGCGCACGAGGUGCAGAAACCCAAACUGCUCAGCUGCAGGACUUCAUUUUUGACCAGGAGACACCGAUGGAUAAAGUUAUGAACAAGAUCAGUCAGGUCACCGAUGAGCUGGAGUUCAAGAGUAAUACUCUAGAUGACCUGCUGGUUCGUGUCAACCGCCAUGAUGGACAAAUUCAUCUGCUAAUGGAGGCUUCCCAGAACUUCCUGGCUACACCACUUCCUGCCCCCCAAGCUAGUGAUGCAAACCUGCAGCUUUAUGUGGAUGAUAAGAUCCGUGUCCUGAGGGAGGAGUUGAUGGAGGGCAUGGAAAUCAAACUGGCAGACUUGAAGAGCUCUUGCGAUUAUAAAAUGGCGUCGGUUCGAGAGCAGUGUGAAGGACAAGAAGCCAACUACCUCAGCUUGGCGGAGCUUAUGGACUCAAAGGAAACUGACCUCCGCAAUGAGAUCGAGGGCCUUAAGACCAAGCUGGUUCAUGCAGGAAAGGAAGACAUCCAAUUAUAUGACUCUAUUCUGGCUCGAGUAGAAAAUCUAGAGAUCCAUUUAAACUCAUCUGAGAAGUCUAUAGCAACACAGUGCCACUCUGUAGAGGAGAAGCUGAAGGAAGAGCAAGCAGAGGCCAUCAAAGAUCUGAGGGCAACUCUGGAGGACAAGAUAAUCUCCAUGAAAGACACACUCACCACCUUGUUGGUAUACACUAGCACCAACUCCACAUCUCAGGUUCAUCCAGUGAGUUGGGAUGCUUCACAAAGGGACAUUAACUUUUUAAAGGGCUCUGUUCAAGUUCUGGAGGGUAGACUCACUGUCUUGGACCAGCUGUGCUCAAAGGAGUGCAAGGCUAAUUCAAGUUUUGUGAGCAUUGAAAAUGUACAUGGCGAGUUGAGUGCCAUGAAAGUCCACAUGGAUAGAUUGGAAGACUCAUUAUUAGAUGUAGUGUACCAGCAAUCUAGGACCCCACAGAACCUCAACUCCACCUGGGGUCAAGUUAAAGCAGGGGCUGAGCAGGAGACCAAGGACAUUUUGGAGCUCCACAGGACUCGGCACCAGGAGCUGAGACAGUGGCUGGAUGAGCUGGGCAGGGAAGUGAAAGCCGAGGCCAACCGCUGCAUGGAAAAAACACAGGAUGUUGGGAAGGAGAUCGCCCAUAUGAACAGCCGCAUUGCUAGUGUGGAGAACUUAUGUGCCAAGAUGGAUCCUAUUUCUGGCAGCCUCCAGAGAAUGAAAGAGGGGUUGAAUGAACACAUCAUUGGAUUGUGGACUUGUGUCAACCAGCUGAAUGCCACAGUUGGCACUCAUGCACGAGAUAUUGGAGGACUACGGGGAACUUGUCAGAGUCUCCAGAGCUCUAUCGCGAACAUGGCCAGAGAGCUCCAGGUGCUAACAAACAGCUCUCCCGGGAAGACAGGUGUUCAUAUUGGAGUGGAUGACACAGGAUUUCCCCAGGGUCCGAGUAAGAGCUUCACAGCACCAGAUGGCCAGAUUGAUUCCUUCCUCCCUCAGCCACCUGUGAUGGAGACCGGAGAGGCGGGUCCCCCCGGCAAGAUGACCUCGUCCAAGUUACCCAAGGGGACCGACGGCAGCAUGAUGCCUGUGCAGGGCUUUGCUGGAGCUCCAGCUUCCCCAGUUAAAUCCACUGAUUCACUGAAGACCUACAUGUCGCUCAUCUCAGAUGUGAACAUGCUCCACAGACCAUCACCACAGAAACCUGUCAUGGCUUCAGGUGAGACAGUCUCGUUCUCAGCCGGUCUGACUCAUCUGCCUAUCCAAGGAGAGGGUGGAAUUAUUCGAUUCAACAAAGUGUUGGUCAAUGACGGACAACACUAUGACCCUCACACAGGUAUCUUCACGGCUCCCACAGAUGGCCGCUACCUGGUGACCGCCGUGCUCACAGCCCUGCAGGGUGAAAGAGUGGAGGCAGUGCUCUCAGUGUCCAACCGCAGCAUCCAGAGGCUCAGUUCAACAGGUUUCUUGGCAGGAACAGAAGAGCCGAUUUCAAAUGAUCAAUGUAACUGCAGCAGUUCAACCUCACUAAGCCUGAUUCUCUCGCUGAGGCGAGGAGACCAAGCAGGACUCGUCCUGACGGCCGGACAGCUUGCCAACUCAGCCUCCUCUGAGAUCCUGUCCUCUUUCAGCGCGGUGCUUCUCUACCCCAUCCUGUCAGAGCGGUAGCCCAGCUUCUUUUCAUAGACACCUUAUACAGGUAUUAGCCUUAAGUGGAGUAUGGUGUACAGUACUGGGAAUACAGUAGGGCUCAAAGUGAUACGUAUGGAUGAGAGGAGAGAGAGACAACCUACACUGCCCGGCCAAAUUAAAAUAAGUCCGAAAUAGACCAUUCUGAUAAAUACAUUUUGCACUCAUGUCGCAACAAUCUACAUAAACCACUUAAAGUCCCAACAAAAGUUCUUUACUGCAAAGUAAAAUUUGGCUUCACAAACUGGGAAAGCACUGUUCAAAGUCUUCAAAUUUUUUUUACUUUCAUAGAAAGAAUAUUAAAUUUUACUGACAGCUGUUAGUAGAAUAACAGAGAUAUUAAAAUACUGUAUUUUACUGUAGUCUGGCAAAAACAAAGUGUUUUAAAAUUAGUUUUCUACUGCAAGUCUAACUCAAUUUAGAUUUUGCCAAAAUAUUUGCUAAAUAGCAGCCAGAUGCAAAGUUCGUCAUGGUUUUUCCACAUUGCAAUAAUAAACUUAACUACAUUUUUUUCCUUUAAACAUAAAUAUUGCAGAAUCCUUAAGCACUGGAUCAAAUAUCUGUAUACAUUAAAUAACACUGACAGAGAGCAAAUAAGUCAUUAAA